UGGAAGACGGCCACAAUUUCAUUCAAAUUCUUGAUACCCAAAUCGUUCCUACCCCCUCCGAUGUGUACAACAACCAUGGUGGCUCGAAAUGGAGCAUGGACUUCACCAAGAUCGCCGAGGCCACACACUCCUACCCCGUGACGCGACUGCUGUGGGAGCCGCCCUCUACCACUAAGCAGUCGACUGAUCUGCUCGCCACUUCUGGCGACCAUCUGAGGCUUUGGUCCCUUCCUUCUGAGACAUCGGCGACUCCCGGCAACUCUAUAACAGGCCGUAACCGAGAAGUGGCCACUACCAAGCUUACGCCACUGGCACUCUUGUCCAACUCGAAGACGCCCGAUCAUACCGCGCCCUUGACGUCGCUGGAUUGGAACACAGUCUCCCCCAGCCUGAUCAUCACUUCCAGCAUCGAUACGACCUGUACGAUCUGGGACAUUCCUUCUCUGACGGCCAAGACUCAGCUCAUCGCACACGAUAAAGAAGUGUACGAUGUGCGGUUCUGUGCGAAUAGUAUUGAUGUCUUUGUCAGUUGUGGCCAAGACGGCAGCGUCCGUAUGUUCGACCUGAGAAGCUUAGAGCAUAGCACUAUCAUAUACGAACCAACGGGCAAAGAAGACAGAGUCGAUCCAAACGGUGGGAAGAUCAGUCCAACUCUGGCCCAGCAGACCAUGUCCAAUCCACCUCCAUUGUUGCGGUUGGCUACAUCCCCGCAUGAUACGCAACUUCUCGCCACCUUUGCUCAAGACUCAAACGUCAUCCGGAUCCUCGACACCAGGCAGCCGGGCCAGGCACUGCUCGAGCUACGCGGUCAUGGAGGCGCGGUCAACUGUGUAGAGUGGUCGCACACGCGGCGAGGUCAGCUUGCCUCGGGAGGCGAUGACUGUCAGGUGUUGAUCUGGGACCUCAUGAACCAGCCACACUCCAACGGAAGUUCUCAAGGGGACAAUGUCCGCAGUCCGGCCGCUAGUUGGCAGUGUGACUAUGAAGUAGGCAAUCUUGGGUGGGUGCCUCGACGACCAAACGACGAGGCCUCGGAGUGGCUGGGCGUGAGUGCUGGUCGUGGAAUCUGGGGUGUUAGGAUGUGAUCUGAUCUUGGGACGUCUCGCGACGAUUGAUUGACUACCAUAUCAAGUCUGAACACUGUUGGGACGAAGUGGAACAGGUCUGCAACCAUUGGCCUAAUUUUGCUCGAGACAUGUCUGAAGGGAGGACAAGAAGAAAACGACAAAAAAGUUGGCAUCUUCAAAUGCGCAUAGAAUCUGUGGCUGAUGGAGUGGUGACGCAUUCUCAGCAGAAUCGUGGAGACCCCUACGUCCAGAUUUUCAGUGCGCUUCUUGUUUUGCAUGGCGAGCCACGGCGUUUGAUGCAUCACGAGCGCACGAUGACGAUAUUAAUAUGAAUACCUUUGCAAAGAAGGCUGACCUUGGGGGGACGGAGAUGGUGGGUGAAACAGUCAUUUUGGAGGAGCACUGCGAUUUGAACUGCGGCGAGACGACAAAUAGAAGGGCCGCUGCCUUGUUCGAUGAAGGGGAAAAAAUGUACGAGAAAAGAUACCAAUUAAACAAUGCUAGUUUCCUACCCC